AUGGUUUUUAUUGUCAAGGGUAUUGAUACCCAUGAUACCAAUGGCGAUCCUUACCUCCGGAAAGACAUCGACAAGUGGUACGCGGAUCAGGUGAAGGGCAACAGAAUGCAGCUCACUCUCUUUAUGGAGGCUCUGGCUCUGAUUCAGAAACGUUCUCUAGAUGACCUAGAUUCCUACUUCCGUCUGGCUGCCAUACACUCUGCCCCAUGGUGUACAUGGGAUGGCGUGGAACAGCCUCAUGUCGAUGGCCCGGAUGAAAUUCGAGGAUAUUGUGUCCAUAACAAUUACACGUUCCCGACAUGGCAUCGGGUGUACUUGAUGCUCUACGAGCGAGUUCUGUAUGACGCGAUGUAUGAAUGGAUCAACAAGACUGUUCCCGAACCCAACAAAGACACCUGGAAGAAAGAAGCCGACGAGUGGCGCCUUCCGUAUUGGGACUUUGCUCGCUUUGCCGAUCGACCUGCCUCGACUGCUGGCGCCUUGGAGUACGACAUCGACCAUGACAGGCUCAGACUGCCCAUUCUUUGUAUGAUGCCGAACGUGCAAAUCACCGUGUUUCCCAAAGGCAAGGAUCCGACCAUCGAGUCUCGACCCAAUCCUCUGUAUAAAUACGAGGCCCCCAAACCAAUGGGUGAAUUUGAUGAUCCAUUUAAGAUUACCGGGGAACAUGCGAAGGACGAGACCAAUUCAGAUCAUAAAAUUGAGUUUACUUAUCCCUGGGAUAAAUGCAUUGCGACAACCAAGUACGGCAUUCUCGAUGGGUUCGAUGCGAGCAUCUGGGCCGACGGAGGCCAGAACUGGCUUCGGGCGAACUACGCUCUCAACGAGCAUCCGUAUUAUGGCGAUAAAGAUAAGGGUGUGAAUGCCGAGAAGGUGGUUCCUACACUGCAGGAUCUGGUCUACCGGUUGUUCCAGUAUCCUCUUACCUCGUGGGGAGCGUUUUCAACCACUCGCUACACGUCAACAAGCCCGAACCCCCCGGUCGAACAUAAGUCGGUAGACACCCAAAGUGCCAAGUUGCAGGGCGAUAUAGCGAACGCAAUAAGUCUAGAGUUCAUUCACAACAACAUUCACAACUUUGUGGGAGGAACCCAAUUUCUUCGCCCGCCAAAAGAAGGCAUCCACCUCUGGGGCGCUGGCCACAUGGGCAGUGUUGCCAUGGCGGCAUUUGAUCCCAUCUUCUUCAUUUACCACAAUAAUAUCGACCGCCUGACUGCUAUGUGGCAAAUGCUACACUGGGAGAAGUGGUUUGAUGAUGACCACAGCAAGCUAACUCGGAAUAAUGAGUUGGCCCCCUUCCACAGAACCGAAAAAGAAUUCUGGAAGUCAGACGAUGUGCAAGAUUGGCGAAAACUUGGCUAUGAGUACGAAAUUCUCAAGGGACGAACGCAUUCUUGCGAAGACGAUCAGAAGAAGAUUCAGGGCAACAUUGCCACUCUCUACGGAAACCACACAAAGGAUCUCUUUGAUGGGCUUCCUAAGCAAGACGACCGCCAGGACGAUUUCGUUAUUACUGUCAUUUAUGACAAAUACGCUUUGAACGGUGGAGCUUACAAGAUCAAUCUCUUCUUGGAGGGUGCGAAAAACUUCCGUGGACCCGAGUCGGAGGGCUUCGUUGCCAGUAUCUACAACUUCAGUGGCUCUUUGGCCUCAGGUGCCUGUGGUAAUUGUCAGCAGCAGAAGGCAGAUGGUGUCAAGUGCAUUGCACAAGUGCCCGCCACCGUCCCCAUACGCUACCAUCUGAAAAGAGAAAACAAGCGACUUGAUGAAGCACCGCGGCCCAUGUACAUGGUUUUGAACAGUUUGGGAAAUGUAAGUCGUACUGAUCCCCCACAACUUUACGCGGCUGAUUGA